UAGGAUCCAAACAGGGAUGAAUUUAGAAGCCACCAAACACUUCCAUGUUUUCCCUAUUUAAAGACUGUUACAUAAGUAUUUACACCAGUAAGUAUGGUUGCACAAAAUUAAACGUUUGUUUGGAUCUUAAAGCAUCAUGAAACGCUAACUUUUUUAGAUGUUAACAAAGUUAGUUGUGUUGCACGUCAUAGAAGACAAUGUCAGUAUCUGUUAAUUUUAACAUCAGGAGAAAACUAGUUAAUUUUCAGCUUUGUUGUGAUAUUUUUAUCUUCCGGGUUUAAACUCCAUAUCUUGUAAACGUCACGGGCUGUGACGUGGCAAACAUGAGAAAAAGCACAACGCGUCAUAACCUGAAAACCACGCCCACUGGUGUCUCAUUAUUAUUUAUAAGAUAGCGUGUUCUUAUCCAAUGCGGAGAUGUUGUGUGUGUGUGCAUGUGCUCCGUGCGGCCAGGUCGUUGGAUGACUUUCCCCACGUUGCAGUCAGGAUUAGACUCACCAUCAACUAAAUUUGCUCUGGAAAGCUACGGGAGGCAGGUGGACUUUGAUCUGUUCUGAGGUACCAUGUCCUGAUGACUUUUAAUUAUCUUCAAACACGCUAUUAUUUCAACUAUAACAGUUUUACUUGACCUUUGUUUUAAUAAAAUAUUAUAUUCAGUUGAAUUAUUUCUGUAAUACUGCUAAUCAUAGAAAAUCUUAUCUUAUUUCAGUUACCCCGCCCACUCAUCAUUGUUCUUCUCACAGCGUCCACGCCCAUUUAAGUUGCAUUUUUCAAAAUGAUAGUGAGGUAGACUGGAACUGAAACAGCUGGGUCUAAUAAAUGGGGCUAGGCUUAAUGGUAACACAUUCACAAGGUGCUGUACAAAAAUGAAAAGUGCACGCAUUGAAUAAAAAUAGGUAUGUAUUAAUUUGUCUAAGUUGAGAAGAACAUAGUAAAAUAUUGAAAAAAGGUGGCGUUUUCCUUAAAUCAACUCUGCUGGGUGUACAUAUUGUCUAUUGAUACUGUUGGAAAGCAUCUUUUGCAGCGAUUUUUGUGUGAGCAUAUCAGUGAACACCCCUGACCACCCGAUGAGUUUCACGUCUUUGUAAACGAAAGUUUAAUGCAUUUUAGGAAGGAUUGUUCCAGUGCACCUAUGCAGCCAUUGUAGAGGUGGGAGGUGAUACAACAAACACCCGGAAAUUCUCGGGCCAGAAUCAUAUGUCCAAAUUUCAGUCAAAACUGUUCUAUUUCAUAAUAAACAAUCUGAAAAAUAAGGCUUUAAGUGUAAAAUACAGAACAUGUCCUUUAAGAUUGCCUUGAAAGGUUGUUCAGGAAUUUCAAUUAGUAUUGCUGUGAUAAUUGAUUGCCUUUUCCAAUACAGAUAUACAGAUGUUCUCUUUCCUCUUCGAGAAUAUUCCAGAACCCAGAAAGAAAGACCUGAGCCAGAUGAGCCUUAUGAUUCCAACUCAGAUGAAGGCCCUGACUCACACAUAAAGACCAAACACAAGAGAUCAUCAAAGACUGAGAGAAAUGAAUAUUCCAGAACCCAGAAAGAAAGACUUGAGCCAGACGAGCCUUAUGAUUCCAACUCAGAUGAAGGCCCUGACUCACACAUAAAGACCAAAGACAAGAGAUCAUCAAAGACUGAGAGAAAUGAAUUGUGCAGAACCCAGAAAGAAAGACCUGAGCCAGACGAGCCUUAUGAUUCCAACUCAGAUGGCCCUGACUCACACAUAAAGACCAAAGACAAGAGAUCAUCAAAGACUGAGAGAAAUGGUUCUCCUAGGCAGAAGAGUGGGAAAAGGCCCUGGAGUGAUGCUGAAAAAAAGGCAAUUUGUCGGCAUCUUGGAAACACGAUCAUGUUAAUGAAAGUUCCUGGCAAAGACAAGUGCACCAAGAGAAAGAACCAGUGCUACAAAACAGGGACUGGAGAGAUAUUAAAAAUCAUGUGCACAAUACCAUUCAAUCUUAAAAGAAAAAAAGUUGAUUAACUUUUUGUGUGUAAAACAUGUUUUUUUCUGCUUAAAGAGAUAGUUUAUUCAAAAUUGAUAAUAAGUAUGAGUAAUUUGACAUCUUACAUUUUUGGGUAAUUUUUUUACUGUUUAGGAGCACGUUUGUUUGGAAAUAGGCUUAUUCUCCCACUCCCCCACUGUUAAUAAGUUAGGUUUGACCCUUUUGGAAUCUAUUCAGUCGAUCUCCGGGUCUGGCGAUAACACUUUUAGCAUACAUCAAUAAAUCUAAUUAGACCAUUAACAUCACAUGUAACCUGGAGAUCGGCUGAAUAGAUUUAAAAAAGGUUCAACUUAACUUAUAACUGCGGGGAAGUUGGAAAACAAGCACAUUUCCAAAUAAAGGGAAGUGUUGGCCUUGUAAGCCAUUGAUAUAUAUUGAGGUUUGAUUUUGACUAACACGGUCUCACACCCAUGGCGUCAAUAUUUGACGACACUUGACCAUGCGUCAAUAUGUUGACGCGGAGGGUAUACCUUUCGCGUCAUUUUUUGACGAACUGGGGACUUCAAUACUAUUAGGUACGCGAAAUUAAACAGUUGUCGCCUGGCAUUGGGGUUAGGGAAAGGUUUGGGUAAGGAUGUCAUUAUGUAAAUCUAACCCUAAACCGACGCGAAAAUGGUAGAAAAUGGUAAGAAAAUAGG